UAAGACUUUGUCUCAUCGGGUUGUUGUUGACUUGAAGCCACCCAUUACCCUUCAUUAAUUCCCCGAUAGCUAGCAUAACAUUUUCUUGACUUCCCAACCUCUAAGUUGCUUGAUGCAUCGGAUUCCUCUGCAAGUGGCUAUUGUUUAUCAGUGUCUAUGAAAAGUUUAUAUAAAGACUGUUUCCCUUUGCAAUUGCCUGGUGCUGCUGAUCUAGCAACUAAGGGGCUUCUUGAACCAGGAGCCCAGGAGAGUCUGACUAUCAUUCAGCGGACAAGAACGGACCAGCAUGGGUUCCCAUGCUAAUGGCAGCACCUGUGCAGGUGACGGUCCUCCACCAAUGGAGAAGCGGAAAGAACCGGCUUUUCCUCUUAAAACAAUGCCACUGCAUGCUAACGGCUGGUUGAACGACAUGAAGCUGUCCUCGCCUACUGCUGUCCCUGUGAACAUUGGUAGCAACAGUGUUGCUUUUGAUCCCAUCUACCGAGCUUGGACUCAGAAGUAUCCUUCAGCUCUGAACGCGUUUGAAAGAAUUGUUGCCUGCGGCAAAGGCAAGAAGAUUGCGCUGUUCUUGGAUUACGAUGGAACCCUCUCGCCAAUUGUCGAUGAACCUGACAAUGCUGUCAUGUCUGAUCAGAUGCGGGAGGUGGUGAGGAGUGCUGCACUGCAUCUUCCCACUGCGAUUAUCAGCGGAAGAUCUUGCGAUAAGGUGUUUGAUUUUGUUAGACUCACCGAACUGUACUAUGCUGGUAGCCACGGGAUGGACAUCAUGGGUCCAGUGGGAAAAACUGGUUCUGUCACUGACCAUAGAAGCAGAGGCACUAACUCCAGUAAGAAGCAGGACAAGGAGAUGCAGAUCUUUCAGGCUGCUAGCGAAUUCUUACCAAUGAUCGACGAGGUGUUUGGAUUGCUCGUCGAUAAGGUUAGGGGGAUUGACGGCGCGCGAGUUGAAAACAACAAAUUCUGCGUGUCGGUGCACUACCGCAAUGUUAACGAGAAGGACUGGGCGCUCGUUGCACGGUGCACAGACGACGUCCUGAAAGCCUACCCUCGCCUCCGACUGAGUCAUGGACGAAAGGUUUUAGAAGUUCGUCCGAUGGUAGACUGGAACAAGGGGAAGGCUGUGGAGUUCUUGCUGGACUCCCUGGGGCUAGCUGACUCCGACGAGGUGCUCCCUAUCUACAUCGGAGAUGACCGAACGGACGAGGACGCGUUCAAGGUUCUACGGGGAAACAAACGGGGUUUGGGGAUUUUGGUGUCAUCUGUACCGAAGGAAUCUCAGGCGUUGUACUCCCUGUUGGAUCCACCUGAGGUCAUGGACUUCCUGAAGAGACUAGUGAAAUGGAAGGAGGAAGAAGAAGCACAACGAAUAACAGUCAAGCAGUUGUUAGUAUCUGUUGAUGACUUUAGGGUUAACCUCUGACAAAGAGGGACUAGGGAACUCGACUGCACCUGAUGCCAAUUCUGCAGUCUAUAGCCAAUCUCUUCAUUGUAGCCUAGUAAUACAUUACUGCAUGGUAUCUCUUCAUUGGAUGCCAAGAGGCCCAGGAAGAAGAAUGUGAAGGUGUUUAGGCCCAACUGGGUGCAUUAAUAUCUUGUUUAGUCUUUAUAUAGACAGCAGUGUCCGGUUAAUUGAUCCAACGAAGUA